CCCCGAGUCGGCAUAUUGCGUCGUUCCCGAAUUCCGUCACUGCAUCCGGCACGAUGGAGCGGAUCGACGCCCUGAAGGCCCGCAGGGGCAAGCUCGCCGACGACCCCUGCCUCAGGCGGCUCCGUAACCGGCGGCUCAUCGUCUCCCUCUAUCUCCAGGGCUUCCAGCCCGCCCACGACUGGAUGCUCCACGAGACGGAUUUGUUCAUGAGCGGCCGGCAUCUGCAGCAGCUGGUGGCCUGCGGCCAGUGGAAGCAAGCCCUCGACUACAUCCGGCGCUUCCUGCCGCCGGCCAUAGGGGGCGUCGAGGCCCGCACCCUCUGUCUCUUCCUCCACGCCUUCUGGGCCGUGGACAACGCCGCCGCCUGCUCGAUGGGCGCCCCCGUCACCACCGCUGCGUACAACCACGACGUCCGCAUCCUGACGACAGUGUGCGCUAGCAACGCCAAGCUCUCUUCCAUCCUCAACAAGAUACACCACUCGCCCAAAUUCAGGGCAUCCCUGGACUGGAGACUGGUAAGGGAGAAAGCAUCGCUGAUUGCUGAUGACUUGGCGCUUGAUUCUCCAGAGUUGAGACGCAGGUUGCUACUGCCCCAGGACUUGCUUCCCAUCGGUCCCUGUCAUCGAAGGCACCACUUGAAGAAACAAGCCCUGCGGCCAGCAUCAUCUGCUAUUGCCAAGUGGUAUCUCAACAGGAAGAAGAGUCUGCCUUCUUCAACCCCAGUUACCGGUUUGAACUCUGAGGGACAAAACCGGGUUGUGGAUCUUAUCGAGGAGUGUUUAAAAGCUGGUACAGUUGUGGAGCUCCAUCAAGGGCACCUACUUCAGUCAAGUGUGAUGGCAGGUGCUUUUAGUACUCCAUUCUCACAGACCAUGUUUGGUACGGCAGGUCCUACUAAAAACAGUGAAACUUCAUCCGUGACAAAUGCAGGUGAUUCAGUCUCACGGCCUGCUAAAAUCCCUUGGACCAUAUCUGCCACAAAUGCAGGUUCUUUUAGUGCUCCAUCCUCACAGACCAUGCUUGAUACGACAGGUUCUACUAAAAACAUCGAGACUUCAUCAGUGACAAGUGCAGGUGCUCCAACUUUCACAGAUUUGCCUAAUUAUCUUCAUUGGAACCCAUCAGUUGCAAAUUCAGGUGAUUCAGUCUCACAGCCUGCUAAAAUUAGAAUCCCUUGGAUCAUAUCUGCCACAAAUGCAGACCCAGUCGAUCUAAGAGGGUGGCUGACAACUGCUGAGGAAGAUGAUCCCGAUAAAAAAGGCAACGGACUAAUAAAUUGUUAAUGCUUUGGAGCUAGCAUCUGAAACUGAAGCUGGUACUUGCGCCAUGAACUUGAUAGCCUGAUUGAGUCGGGCCUUGCUCGCUGUGCUGCUUCAAGUCGAUUAGUUGCAAUUGUGUUGAAGGAUAUCAUUAAGGAGGUGUAUGGAUUACAGAUUGGUAACGUCAAUGGUAAAGGAAUUAGAUCAUGCU